UGACUUUUCCUUGGUAACCGCCCAGGCCAGCGGCAGAGCUUGUGUUCUCUUCCGGACAACAACAAUGGCGGAUAGUCUGUCUUCUCCCGUUACCGGAGACUCGCCUCCCCUGUCCGGCAGCAAUGGCUCUCAGCGGCUUCUCUUCUCGCACGACCUGGUGUACGGUACUUACCGGGGCCAGAGCCGCUUCGCCCUGGUCAGGCUCAUGCACGGGGAGGAAUCGGAAAGCGAGGAAGAUGAGGAGGAGGUGGUGGUGGUAACGGCGGAAGAAGAUGAUGCCGCGGGGGGCUUGAGAAGAAGGGACGGCGGAGUAGAAGGUGGUGUACAGGAGAGUCCCGGCACGGACACCGCCGGUGAGGCCAGCAGGUUCGGGCCCCUGAAGAGAGGCUAUGUGCGGGUCCAGUGGUACCCCGAGGGCGUCCGGCAGGAUGUGAAGGAGACCAAGCUGAACCUGCAAGAUCGCUCUUUGGUGCCCAGAGAUGUUGUACACCGACUUGGAAUAAAGGACAGUCAAUGUGGCACAGUUGUGGACGUAAAUAUAGAAUGUAUGGUGAAACUGGUGGGGACCAACUGCUUCCUACACACCGUCAACAGCAGAGAUCUAAAACACAUUUGGCCUAUAAUGUAUGGAGAUUACAUUGCCUACAACUGCUGGUUGGGAAAGGUUUUUGAUCUGAAGAAUCAAGUUGUCUUAAAGCUGUCAAAUGGAGCCAGAUGUUCAAUGAGCACAGAAGAUGCUUCUAAAUUAUAUGAUGUUUGUCCCCAAGCAAGUGAAUUGGGUGUGUUUUUUGAUGACUCUUAUGGGUUCUAUCCUGGCCAAGUGCUUAUUGGCCCUUCCAAAGUCUUUUCUAAUGUCCAGUGGUUGUCUGGCGUGAAACCAGUCCUGAGUGCCAAGAGCAAAUUCCGUGUGAGCGUGGAAGAGGUACAAGUGACUGAGGUGAGAGUGAAGUGGAUGACGAAAAGCUUUUGUCUGGGGUGUACAGAAUCUAUGGACCCUCCAUCUAGUGUUAUUACCCAGGAGAAUGUGCACAAAGUACAGAGGCUUGGCCCGUUUGAUCACGCCCAGAAGCAGAUGGGAGAGAGGUGCUUGUACAUCAUCCCAACCAUGGUGGAACCUCCUAGAAUCCUGUGUGAGAGUCUGGAGAAGAACUGCUUACUGGGAGAAGUAUCCAGCACCAGAAAGCAAGGGGACAAGAUGCCGGAAAAGCAAAUGGUAAAAAUCAUCGCAUGUACACAAGCAUCCUCAAACCCAGCAGAGCUAUUCAGGAGAUACUCUAACACUCCAGCAUCUGAAGUGGCUGAGAGAGGCAGUAAACAGAACGAUGCCACCAAUGGUAAAGAAGUACCAAAGGCUCCAGCCUCUGAGGAGUCCUCUGUACAGGACCAACUGCUGGACAACAUCCAGGAGAUGUUCCAGGACUUCCCCCUUCAGGUCAAUGAACAGGAUGCAGAUGAUGAGGCUGCUGAGGACACCGAUGACACAAGCUCUGUGACUUCUUCUGCCAGCUCGACCACCUCCUCAAAAAGCGGCAGUGGGGCUGGCCGUAAAAAGAGCAUUCCUCUGUCCAUACGGAACUUAAAGAGGAAACACAAAAAGAAGAAAAAGGGCAAGGUGUACAGAGAGUUUAAGCCAGGGGACAGGGUGGCAGUUGAAGUGAUCACUACAGAGACCACUGCAGAUGUUCUGUGGCAGGAUGGCACUUUAGAAACUAACAUAAGGUCUAAUGAACUGCUUCCCAUUCAGCAUUUGGAUAAUAAUGAGUUUUGUCCAGGGGAUUUUGUGGUGGAUAAAAGAGCCAACCCUCUGCAUGAUACCAGUGUGUAUGGUGUGGUCCAGUCUGGCGACCAUACAGGGCGUACGUGUGUGGUGAAAUGGGUCAAGCUGAAUGCUGAAGAUGAUGUUGAGGUUGUGGGAGAAGAGGAGGAUGUCAGCGUAUAUGACAUAGCUGAUCACCCAGACUUUCGUUUUCGAACUACAGACAUUGUGAUACGACUUGGGGGCACAGAGAUCGACGUUCUUCCGGAUGGCACCCAGCCCUCGGUGGGACAAGUGGCUCGUGUAAACACCGAUAGCAAGAUACAAGUUAUUUGGACUAACAACUCUAGGUCAAUUCUUCUUCCAACGCAAUUGUACAAUGUGGAGUCAGAGAUUGAAGAAUCCCUUUAUGACUCUGUAGGCAGCAGCUCCAGCGGUGCCUCCUCCGAUGAAUGGGAAGAUGACAGUGACAGCUGGGAGACAGACAAUGGCUUAACAGAGGAUGAAAACGCACGGCUUGGGGCAGAGGCAAUUGAGCACCUCCAAAACCAAACUGCUGCUUCCGAGCCCACGACACAAGCAGAAGUAGAAGAUGCAGAGCCAGGUGCUUCUGCAGCUGCAUUGGGGGCUUCAGGUCUUGUGGCCAAAGUGAAUGAGAAAGAAGGGAUUGUCAAGAGCUUUAAAGAACUUAAGGAGGCUAUUAAGAUUCUUGAGAGCCUGAAAAACAUGACCGUGGAGCAGCUUCUGACUGGUUCUCCAACAUCACCAAUUGCUGAGCCAGAAAAAUUCACUAGAGAAAAGAAAUUCCUCGAUGAUAUCAAGAAACUGCAGGAGAAUCUCAAGAAGACACUUGAUAAUGUGGCAAUUGCAGAGGAAGAAAAGAUGGAGUCUGCUCCAGAUGCUGAUAAAGAGGACAAGGAAGCGCAGACCCCAGUCCGUUCUGAGUGGCCAAGUGACACCCCUGUACUGUGCCAGCAGUGUGGUGGCAAACCUGGAGUCAUAUUCACUAGCGCUAAAGGAGAGGUUUUCUCUGUGCUGGACACUGCACCAGAGAGCCAUAGUUUUAAGAAACUAGAAUUCCAGGCCCCUGAAGCUAAGAAGUUCUUUAGCACUGUCCGUAAGGAGAUGGCUCUGCUCGCCACAUCCCUCCCUGAUGGUAUCAUGGUGAAAACGUUUGAAGAUAGAAUGGACCUCUUCUCAGCAUUUAUUAAAGGACCCACACGUACUCCGUAUGAGGAUGGCUUAUUUCUAUUUGAUAUUCAGCUGCCCAAUAUCUACCCAGCUGUGCCUCCGCUCUUCCGCUACCUUUCUCAGUGCAGUGGGAGACUCAACCCAAACCUAUAUGAUAAUGGGAAGCUGUGUGUCAGUCUGCUGGGCACCUGGAUAGGAAAGGGAACUGAGAGAUGGACAAGCAAAUCUAGCCUUCUCCAGGUACUAAUAUCCAUACAAGGCCUUAUACUGGUAAAUGAGCCUUAUUACAAUGAGGCUGGCUUUGACAAUGACAGAGGGCUGCAAGAAGGUUAUGAGAACAGUCGUUGCUACAAUGAGAUGGCUCUGAUCAGAGUUGUACAAUCUAUGAUACAAUUGCUGAGGAGACCUGUGGAAGUCUUCCAACAGGAGAUCAUGGAGCACUUUCAAAGCAAUGGCUGGCGUUUAGUUCACAGGAUAGAGACCUGGCUAGAAACCAAUUCUAUGGUAGAAAAGGGUGGCGAGUUGUCUAAUGGCCAGGAGCACCCUUGCAUUGUACCGUACAGCCCCUCUGAGCAAGAAAUCACACCAGAGCCUUCCCCAAGUUCUAAGGAUUUGGAUGACUCUGGAUGCGGAGCCUCCACCCUGUCACCUGGAGAGGCUCCUCAGUGUUCUGACUUGGAGAGCAUGGGUAAGGGGGCCUCAAGUAACACCUGUAGCCCUGCUGAGGAACCACGAGGAGCAACUGGAGGGGUGCAGCCAAGUGUAAAACCAAAGAAACGCAGGAAGAGCUAUCGUAGUUUUCUGCCUGACAAACGAGGAUACCCUGACAUUGGCUUCCCGUUGUUUCCCUUGUCUAAGGGCUUUGUGAAAAGCAUCCAAGGUGUUCUAGCGCAAUACAAAGCUGCUCUCUUGGAAGCCGGCAUCUUGGAGCCCCGUGGGGCCAGGCUUACAUUACCGUUGUAGAGACCAGGUGCAUUGUGGGGCUUUCUUCAACUCCCCCACACACUUCUUCCUACACAUUCUCUUUCCCCAUCUUUCAUUGCCUGGCGAGGCCAAUAAUACUAAAGUCUGGAGUAACCCAAGACUUCUUAACCACAGUGUCUGCUGUGAGACCAAACAAGAUUGUACCCGAAUAAAUAAUGGCUGACAUUAUGCUGUAUGCUCUGCUGUUCCCUUAAUUUAUUCUGCCCAGUUUAUCUGCUCCUGGCAUAAUGUCUGGGGCUGCCUAGCUGCUACAGGGCAGAGAAUUGUAUUGUAUAAUUUAUUGCUCAUGAAAAACGAUCCCUUACCUCCUGCAAAAUGUCUUCGACCCAGAUCAUUCAAGAGUUGCAAAAUUAGCAGUGUAGCCACUCUUUUAUCUACCCUUAUUUAAAGGUAUUUUGAUUGGAAGGUUAAGCCCUUUCAUUGAAACAACUGUGCUAGUCGUCGGGACAGAUAUGGAUGGUUCUAGCUCUUCUGAAGAAGUGUUAUCUGGGCAUGCAACUUCAGUGAAUGAGAAUCUUGCAUUGUUCUUUUUGCAUCUCAAAUAGAUGAUGUAAUUUCAUUAUCGCAAGUGUGUCUUGAAGAACCUGUACUAGCGAUUGCGAGAAUGAAUGUCUAAGCUUACUGAGAAUCACUUUGUCAAUGGCGAGCAUUGUAAAGACAAUUUUCAGUGAAUAAGCUUUGUUCUCUUGUACUGAUAAUUGUAAACCCAUAUAAUGUCUCCAAGAACUAAACUGCUCUUUUAAGGUUUGAUAUACUAGCAGUAAUAUAUUAUAAAGUAAAAUUAACCCUUUUAUCCUUUGCAAAAUUGGGCAACGUGCCUGUUAGUGAAUGGUUAAAUGCUUCAGUUUUAAAUACUUAGUUUGGCACAUUAGCCUGUUCUGUAUCCUCAUGUCUUCGAAGUUGAUCAAUGGGCACCGCUCUGUUAAAUAUUUUAAAAGACAGUCUAUUAUGUUAUAUUUGGACUUGGGAGCUACAUCUGGUCUAUCAAUGACAUAGCUAAGGACUAUAGACGAUCGCUACAUGAAGCAAACUGUAACUGCAUUUAUGAAUAUAACACUGCCAUGAACAAUGGAGACAGUGCAGGCCAGUGUGUCCUUAACUCUUGCCUGCCCUUUAUUAUGGUCUGCCUUACAUUUAGGCAUGUUUACAUCCCCUUAUUUUCCUUUCAAAUGUGAAUCUUUAUAUUAGAGGGAUUUGCUGCUGCCGCUUUCCUUUGUUUUCUUAUGAUUCAUUAUUUAUCCUUGUGUCUGUAACACUUAAGGGUCUAGAUUACACAAAACAGGUGCAAAAAGGUGAGCAUGAGUAAAUAUAUGAGCCUUUUAGACAUGGGCUGUGUGAUGUUAUUUAAUACAUGUAUAGAAUGCGCUGCAUUUUUAUUUUUAGCCGCAUUUUUAACCCCCUCUCCCCCCUGAGGCGCCAUUUAUCCACAUGUUUCAGUUUUGGGUAGAUGCUAAUGGGUUGUAUUGCAUAUCAUCUCCUUAAAGCAGAGUUUCUCAAUUCCAGUCCUCAAGGCGCACCAACAGACCAUGUUUUCAGGAUUUCCCUCAGAUGAAAUGGCUGUGGUAAUUACUAAGGCAGUGAAACUGAUCAAAUCACCUGUGCAAAAUAAUGGAAUGCCUAAAAACAUGAAUUGUUGGUGCGCCUUGCGGACUGAAAUUGAGAAACGCUGCCUUAAAGAGACUUGUGCCAUUCCUCUUGAUAUUCCAUCUAACACUGCUUGUGCAUGAAGGCUGUUGUAAGUGAUUUAUUGUUCCCUCACUCGUAUCACCACUCUUUAGCAAUCCCUGAAUACUGGCUGUAAAAUCCCUAUGUAAAAAUCUCUUGGCUGAGCUUGGCCAAAAAAUAAAAUUCCAGCCAGUUGGGAACGAAGAUAUGUCAUUGCAUCCAGGCGGACCAAAUGCAAAAAGCCUGGAAAUCGGACAUUUGAAGGUAAAGUUGAUUUUCUUACACUGAGUUUUCAGUGUGAUGGAAGUAAGGGAGUAGAGGUGACAACAGCCUUUAUAUGCAGGUACUAUUAUAUGGAAUACAGGGAAAAAUCGCAUUGGUCCCUUUACAUUUCUGUGGUACUCUGUCGGAAAGAACUGCCUGCUUUAGUUCCUGUGUCUGCACUACCCAAUGUAACUGGCUUAUAAUGGCCAAAAUAUAGGUGUGGAUGUCAAGUCGGGUACAGAGAUCUUUCCUCUGGGGUCCUCGAGAUGUAUGCAACGAGCCGGCGAAUCAACUUGUUGGUCUCUGCUCAGAAGUGAAAUAUCUGUUUUGAGUGGACUGACCCUUUGAUCGAGAACUCUGUCAAAUACUAAUAGUUUUGGAUGGAAUGUGAUUAGGGAACCUUUUGUAUGUGGUGCUUUACUUGCCAGCCGAGUUUUACUGCAAAAUUGGCCCCUUGCCCUUUCCCAGUUGGUCCUUUUUGUUGCUCCUACUGCUGCAAAUAUCAGUGUAUUAAAUGUUUCUGUAGGAGGAGACAUUUUUAAUGCCAACAGGCAGCAGCAACAUCAGUGGAUGAACAUUAAACUCCAACGAUGAGUGUUUAUUUGUGGCCACAGUGCCACCCAGACCUCUCCUGAAGUUCCAAUAGAUCUGUGUAGUGGAGAAGUCGCACUUACCCACCCCAUUGCACAAUACCAUGCCCAUUGCCUGAACAACCAAUCAGCAGGUCUGGUCAUGCUUACAUUGGGGAGUUAUUCACCUGUUCUUAUGCAGAUAGUAACAUUUACCAAGUCACUAUAUGUAUAGCAGAUCUGAGAGGGCUCAGAUUGGCACUGACGGAGAAAGUAUGUAGUAACUCCCUUGGCCUAUUAGCUGUUGGUCUGCAUGGUUACAUUGGGGGGUUUAGUGAGUUUGCAGUAAAUCUGUCAACAAUUCAAACUUCUCUUGCAAAGAUAAUCGCAGACCUCUUAUACCUGCUGCUACAAUGAUGGACAUGUUGACUUUUUCAAUUAAACAUACUGUUGUACCACCUGUAAUUAUGUAAGAAAUAUGCACAAUUUAGCCACCAAGGAGUUAAACACUACGCUUCCCUAAUCACUCUCCAUACAAUGCUGUUCUAUGUGGAGCUCUUCUAUAAUUUCACCUCAUUUGAGAGAUCCUCUGUGUCAAAUUGUCUUCAGCACGGAAUCCUUUCCUGGGGUUAUUGUGCACUAUAUCAGACAAUACCUGAUACAUUUUCCUGAUGGCAUUGUUGCCUAUCUGCAUAUCCUGGGCAUGGUGACAUUGAUCUCAGGGCCGAAGGGGAUACAAAUUCUAAUGAAUGAACCUAUACACCCUGCUUCUGGCAGAUGUACAGUAUUUAAAUGCUGGCAACGGAUAAUUCUAAACCAAAAUGCUGUAAAAUUGAGUGCUGGUGCUUCUGAUGUGUGUGUAUAGUGCUGUGAGACAAUUUUUUUACAAUUAUUUUUUUUUUUUUGCUAAUUUAAUGUUUGGAAAAAAAAAUGCAGGAUUGUUUAAUUAAAGAUGCCUCUGCUUAAGAAUUUU